GGGUUAGGAUUUAGGUAAGGGUUUAGGGUAAGGGUUGGGUUAGGGUUAGAUUAGGGGUAAUAUUAACAGUGUAACUACAGGUGUAAUUAAAUGCAGGGUUAGGUUAGUGUUAGGGUUAGGCCUAACUGUAGGCCGUUUAUGCUUGCCAAGCAACAUAGCAUCUUGGGACAUUAAUGCUACCUUCAUGUACUAUCGGAAUUUUCGUAAAUACAAAUUUCCCUCUCAGUAGUUGCACGUGAAUGACCCCUCAAGUCGUAAUUAUGACUGGGAAACAAUUGAGAAACUUCAGAGUUUUCGAAAUGGGGUAGUCGUAAACUUUCAACAUGCCGGAGGAGAAUACAGUUUCUGUAGUGAAUGGCAGGUUUUAUACAUUUUUUUUAAAUAUAGCUAAUUGUUAGCACUUGCCAUUUUGGUCAUAUUCAUUUAUGUAUAUCAGCAACCAUUUGAUGCAUGUUGUAAAUUUUUACACCUUGAAAAUAGAUUGUAUUUGACCAAAAUUUUAUUAUCAUCUGCAAGCUAACUGAUAUAGUAUGUAGUAUAGUAAAAUUAUAUGAGUGUAUUAUGGUGUCACAAUAAAAGUUCCUCAAGAAAUAUUUAUGAAUGAACCUUGCAUUCCAUAUUUCCUGUUCUUUUCAACAACAAAGCACUUGAAUGCCACAUACUCAUAAUUACCACUUCAGAAGUGGGAAGUAGGAUAAUUCCGAUAGCACAUGAAGGCAGCAUAAUAUGGAAUGUGUGAUAACAAGUGUGUGUUUAUAGUCAUUCUUCAAUGGCUUUGAAACAGACUUGCUGAAAAACCCUCUUUUUUUAAAUCAUCGACAUUAUUUCUCACAUUUUUCUUUUAAUAGCAAUGUCCUCUCAUAACAAUCAAAAGCAAUUCAUUAAAUCCUUUUGAUUCUUUUUGAUAUUUCACAUGCCCACCCCACACAUCUAACAGUCAGUCUUUGCUUCUAUUGUCUCCAGACUGAUAGUGACCCGUAAGGUGGCCGGACGUCCCGUUUUUCCCGGGACAGUCCUGUAUUCAAGCACUUUAUCUAGUGUCCUGACUUAUUCUGAAAAAAUCGUGUUUUGUCCCAUAUUUCCCCUCUCCUGAAAUUUCUCAAUCGCCUUUGCAGCUUUCUCAGUCACAUGAGUAUUUUUAUCAAAGGUAGCCAAGGAUAUGGCUUGUAAAACCAAUAAAAUCACACCAUGUUAUUUAAAGUACAUGAUUGGAUUAAACUAUCCAAUCACAAUCCCCUAUCAAUAGACGUCCAGUUAGUGAACUGAUUGAAGAGUCAGUUUGAAAGAGCACACAGAUGAAAUUGCGGCUGGAAAAAUGUCAAGGAAGCAUGCAUGUACAUUUAAUGAGGAUAUUCAAAAAGAGUUUACAUUUCUAAAAAAGGAGUCACAUACAGAGCCUAGUAAAGUGUGGUGUGAGAUUUUUGGAGCUCGCUUUUCCAUCAUCCAUGGAGGCCACACCGACAUCACGCAGCAUGUUCAUACAAAAAAGCAUGUGGAUGCUGUUAAAAGUAAGUGUGCCACACCAAGUGUUAGCGAUUUUUUUUGUGAAGCAAAGUUCAGAAUCUGACAAGGUGCCCGCAAGUGAAGGACUUUUUGCUUAUCAUUCUGUUGUGCACAGCCAUAGCUUUGCACAUUCAUAACCUGAGAGAAGUCUUACAGGCCAGGCUGGAGGAAUCAUUCAUACACUCUGAUAUUAAAAAGCAGUUGGAUGCCCUGGUUGAAGCUGGUGACAUGCGAGCGGAUGAUUUCUUUUGUGCAAUAAGAAACUUUUACUCAGCAUCAGUGGAUUACCCCCAAAAUUGGAGCCACUCAUUGAAGAACACAGAAAAACUUGAGUGGGCCCUACUGAGAGACAUACGAGAGUGGAAAGACAUUCAGAGCAGUCUUGAACACUUCUACUCCAGAAUCCCCGCUCUCAGUUUGACUGACGAAACACACUCUUUGAUGAGUGGGCUUGCGUGAAAAACAUUGUCACAUCACUGAUUGGAACAUGAACAAGACGGCCGUGUCUGAGAGAUGGACAGACGUUUUUCGUGAGCUGGAGAGCAAGACCAUCAACUUUGGAGUCUUAGCCAAGGUCGUGGAGUUUGUUUUAUGCCUGCCUGGAACAUCUGCAUCUGUGAAGCGUGUGUUCUCAUUAAUGAAUGCAGCAUGGACACCGGAUAAAUCUUGACUCAGUGUAACAGUCAUGAAGGCAAUGCAUUUCGUACAUCUUAAUUUUGGACUGGACUGCUCUGCAUUUUACGAUAAACUCUUGAAAGACAAGUGCACGCUGAGAAAAAUCGCUGCAAGCAAAAAGUACAAGGUGACAACAGUUACAGAUGCGGAUGCACCCUCUACUUCGCAUUGAUCUGCGCCUAGGAGGUUUUGCCAGACAUCUUCUCACAGCUGGGACCUAUCCUGAGCACCAUUAACAGCAAAGAUCAUGUCAGAACUGGAGGAUUAUUCUUCUCCAAGGGGCCAAUCAUAUCCUGACCCCGCACGCAUCCAGCAGAACCUCCUGGAGGAGCAGGUGGAGCUCUGGUGGUUCAGUGAGCCACGCAAAUCCUUAUUAUGUGACUGCGCCUCAGUGAGCCUAAUCUUGGGCUGCGGACUGGGUGGCGUAGGCCUUCUUUCCACCACCACCAGUCUGUCCAGUGAAUGGAGGUUGGGCACCGGUACAGCUCUUUGUCUUCUCGCGCUGGCCGUCCUCCUUAAGCAGUUGCUGAGCUCCGCUGUCCAGGACAUGAACUGUGUACGAAACAGACGGCGGAUCGACAUGCUAAAGAGUGGCGGCUUAUCUGACAUUCUGGUGAUGUUGAUCAUGGGAAUCUCACUGCUUAUUUGUGGGGCUGUGCUCCUGGAUGUUGCUUUGGCCUACCAUAUGCCUAAACCUGGCAUGGCACUGAAUGACAUGUUUAUAUCUGGGGUGGUGCUUUUGGUGGGUGGGAGUUUUACAGUGUUAGCAGUCGGGGUUUACUCCACAGUAGUUUUCCUCUUAGAGAGGACAGGGCCAGGACAAAGACGGUGGGAGAGGACAGUGGGGAUCUUCUCCAUUUCAGGCCAAAUGCAGACAAGGAGAGAGACUGCUUCAAGCUUGGCUCGUCUGAUAUAGCCUAACAGAGCAACAGUGCUCGCCCACUUUUUCAGCCAUCUUGAUUCCAAAAUGUUUUUCCUAUUAAUUAUUUCUGUAGAGAUUUCAUAAAAUUCUUGCAACCUA